AUGCAGUCUCUUGGUGGUGCCUCCGGUAACAGCGAAGAUAUAAGCCCUCAGGGUAAGGGAAUUCCUUCUGGUCAGCAUGUUGGGCAUGGGCAUAAUAGUAGAGAUCGCCAAGUGAAGUCCACGUUAAUCGGCCUUGAUCUCUUAGGCUAUGUUGAUGGCACAAAAGGAGCACCUACUCAAUUCACUGAUGAAGCCCGCACUAUCGUAAAUCCGGCUUACACUGCUUGGUAUCGACAGGAUCACAUCUUGAUCAGUGCUCUCCUAGGGAGCUGCUCCGAAUCAAUCCAACCUCUCAUCUCAUCUGCAGUCACUGCACAUCAAGCUUGGUCGAGACUUGCGACAAGCAAUGAUAAUGACUCUAAGGGUAGAGUCAUCUAUCUUAAAACCAAGUUGACUAAAAAUCCAAAAGGUUCUAGUUCGAUUGUUGAAUACCUUCAAGAUAUGCGCUCAAUCGCCGACUCACUUGCUGCUGCGCAAAGCCCGGUCGAUGAUGAUGAUUUAAUUGCCUAUGUGUUAAAUCAACAAGGUGAUGAGUAUGCUUCCAUAAUCCCUGCUGUUCGUGUCCAGAGAGUAGGAAUCACCUAUGGUGAUCUCUACAAUAUUUUGACUGAACAUGAGCGCAUGUUGAAAGAUGCUGAAGAAGCCAGACAAUCACACCUUGUUACUGCUAAUGUUACUCAACGCCAAACUCCAUUAGCUAGCCAGUCUAAUGGUGGACCAACUAGAUAA